AUGGACGGGGGCACUGCGGAACCCGGAGAUGACGGCUCUGCCAGCCUCAGCAUACAGCUCGACCUAGGGGACACUGAUUCAGCCAGGAGGGCUCAGACAACAGAGAUGCCGUCCCCGUUCGGAGCGGGCCUAACCAACGAGAGGAAGAUCGGCCACAGGAGGGUCGACGCCUCUGGAGAGACCACGUACAAGAAGACCUCCUCCUCUGCCUUGAAAGGGGCCAUCCAGCUGGGUAUUGGCUACACCGUUGGCAACCUCAGCUCCAAGCCUGAGAGAGACGUGCUGAUGCAGGACUUCUACGUGGUCGAAAGCAUCUUCUUCCCCAACGAAGGCAGCAACCUCACGCCCGCCCACCACUACCUAGACUUCAGGUUUAAAACCUACGCUCCUGUUGCCUUCCGCUACUUCAGAGAGCUGUUUGGGAUCCGACCCGAUGACUACCUGUAUUCUCUGUGUAAUGAGCCGUUGAUCGAGUUGACGAAUCCAGGAGCUAGUGGCUCCAUAUUUUACGUCACCCGAGAUGAUGAGUUUAUCGUCAAAACCUUGCAGCACAAGGAGGCUGAGUUUCUACAGAAGCUGCUCCCUGGAUACUAUAUGAACCUGAACCAGAACCCCCGGACUUUGCUGCCAAAGUUUUUUGGGCUGUAUUGCGUCCAGUGUGGGGGGAAGAACAUCAGAGUUGUGGUGAUGAACAACAUUUUACCACGUUCCGUACGCAUGCACCUCAAGUUCGACCUGAAGGGCUCUACGUACAAGAGGCGAGCGUCCAAGAAGGAGAGAGAGAAGUCCAAACCUACUUUCAAAGACCUGGACUUUCUGUGCGACGUUCCUGACGGCCUCAUUAUGGACCAAGACACAUACAAUGCUCUGGUCAAAACGCUACAGAGAGACUGUCUGGUUCUGGAGAGUUUUAAGAUCAUGGACUACAGUUUGCUGCUCGGUGUCCACAAUAAGACCCAAGCAGAGAGAGAGUAUCAGUCCCAGGGUUCACCUCCGGCCGGGGGGGACGAAAAGAAGCCGGCAGCCCAGAGAGCCCUGUACUCCACUGCUAUGGAGUCUAUACAGGGAGGCUCCACAUGCAGGGACACACUGGACCAUGACGACACUAUGGGUGGCAUUCCAGCCGUCGAUGGUAAGGGAGAGCGCCUCCUGCUGUUCAUCGGGAUUAUUGAUAUUCUGCAGUCCUACAGGCUGAUUAAGAAACUGGAGCACUCCUGGAAGUCGCUCAUCCAUGAUGGGGACACAGUGUCGGUCCACAGACCUGCUUUCUAUGCUGAGAGGUUCUACAAAUUCUGCAGCACCGUUGUGUUCAAGAAGAGCAGCUCAUUGCGAUCCUCUCCAUCUAAGAGGGGCAGAGGGGCUCUCUCCAUGUUCAAGUCCAGUGCAGGAACCGGCUCAGCUGGACAGAGACCCUCAGUGAGCGACGAGAGGCAGGAGAACCUGGACAACCUGGAGAACCUGGACAACCUGGAGAACCUGCGUGGAGCUCACAGCUUCCCAAUGCUGGAGGACAACGGGAGAGAACCACCCUGCACUCCGCCGUCAUUUGAAGACGCCACCACGGCGUCUAUUGCGACCACGCUUUCUUCCAACAACUCCUUACCCACCACCCCCUUCGAUACUCCGGAGCACCCACGCUACAGGAGGCAACUGCACUCACCGAAUGUGGUCAGGUCACAAAAAGAGGUGGUUGAGGUUCAUGGGGAAAAGCAGGACACCAUAACAGUGGAGGUGGAGUUAAGUAAAAUCCCCCAGAGCACGGAGCUCACCCAGAUGACAGAGAUGACCUCUCCCGGCCACCUGUCACUGGAUCAUCAGCCGGGCGCCUUCGCUCCCUCCACCCCUCCCUCUGUCAGUCCGUCCGCAGCACAUUCCUCCUCUACCCUUCCUCCUUGCUUCGUUUCUUCCUCCUCCGCUGCCCAAGCCGCCGGGAGGUCCUCCUCCACCACACUCUCCUCAUCCAUCUGUCCGUCCACCAAACCACUCACCUCUCCCACGGCUGCUCAGGCUUCCACUCUCUCUCCUCUGUUCUCUCACUCAGCCGCACCAUCCACACGUCCCACCUCGGCCAACGCCUCCACGCUCCCUCCCGCCUCGGCAUUUACUCCCAUCUGCCCCGCGUCGCCUCCCUCCUCUCACCCUCUCCCCUCGACACCUCCCUCCUCUGUCCCUCCGAGCCCCCAGGUGCCACGGCGGGAGCCGCGCACGUCGUGCAAUCAGCUGUCCUUGUCCAGCAGCCACAACUCUUUGGAUGGAGAGGUGCAGGUGUCCGACAUCUAUUUUUACGCAGACGGCAGAUACUGGGUGUACUCCCCAGUGCUUGGCCGUCGUAAGCUAAACUCUAGCUUGAGUUACAGGCAGACUCAGGAGGAUCGGAGCUGGGUGUACUCUCCUCUGCACAGCUCAGCAACCAGAAGGGGCUCAGAUGGGGAGAGUGAGACAGUGAUAACUCAAGGUGGAGACGGCAGUGACAGGAGCUGA